AUGACUGAUAAAGUCUCAGCCCUUGAAGAAGAGCUUGAGAGUUUAGCAGGACUUGAUGAAAUUCCCGAAGAAGCUUUAACACAAGCUAUUGAUCAUACAUCUGAAUUUUUCAACGAAUAUGUUACACCAAGACUUGAAUUACAAACGUUAAGUCAAAUUCAUGAUGAUGUCGAGAACGAACAAUAUGAAAACAAAAAUAAAAAGCGACGAGCUCUUGGUGAAAAGAUGCCGCCAGAAAUCGCGGGCGUUAUGGCGCACGCAUAUCAAGAAUUUUACGCCGGAAAUAAUGCGAAUGCAAUUCAUUAUGCCAACGAUGCAAGAAGGACUCUUCCUAAUGCUCCUGAGCCAUAUGAAAUCCUUGCAGAAAUCGCAAAAUCAGAAGAUGAUUUUGAAAACGCAUUAACAUUUACUAAAAAGGCAGCAGAACGAGCACGAGAUGCCAUGGAAGUUUGGCAGGAUUGCUAUUCCCUUGCAAUGAGGCUCAAUCGUCCAGAAGAAGCUGCAAGUUAUCUCAGAGAAGCAGCAAAAUCAAGUCCAGAUCAAAUAGACUGCUUAGUACAGUUACUCAAUCUCCUUAAGACAGAUGUAGAUGAUAAACGACUUACGAAUUUCUGUCUUAAUGAAUUAACGAAAAGGAGGCCUACAGAGCCAUCAUUUGCUCGCGAAUAUGCUUUAUUCUUACAUGAGAGUGGUAAAUUCGUAGAUUCUCUUGAAGUUCUUAAAACAAAUUUCCAAGCAAUGGUUGAUGCAGGAUUACAACCAGAUUUAGGCAACGCAAACUUACUUGGCGAAAAUUACUUGGAUUUAGGUAAAUAUGAAGACGUUAUCAUGCUUGAUAACUCGAUUAUUGAUCCUCCAGAAGAUUUUCAUACAAAUGCUGCAAUUGCAUACAUCCGAACCAAGCGUUAUCGUGAAGCUGAAGAAAAACUCAAAGAUUUCUUUACUCUCGACGUAAUAACUCAUAUUGAAGCUUACGAAGCCAUCGGACAAGCCUACGUUGAUAACAAAUAUUACAUUGAAGCAGCAAACUGGUACAAGCAUAUGCAUGCGAACGGAGUUGAAAAAAGAUUCGAAAUUGCUACAUGUCUUACAGAUGGUGGCAAAUUCGACGAAGCCAUUGAUAUUUUACAGCAAUUGGUAAUUGACCAGCCAUCUCAUACCCCUGCCGUUGGUCAAUUAUUCUUUUUAAUGAAAUCCAGAAUGGGAGAUAAAGCAGCCAUUGAUUGGAUGCGCGAAAAUGCCCCUACAGCGGCCCAAACAGAUGAUAUUGUGCUCCACGAAGCAGAUGUAGCUUAUUCACAUGGAGAUUAUCAACAAUUUAUAGAUAUCGGCUGCAUUCUUGUUUGCAGAGUACUUUAUGACAUAUAUUCCAUGAAAUACUUAGAGUUAGAAUCCAAACAGAUCGAGAAACUCCUUGGAAUCACAGUUCCAGAAAAAAUGCCAAAUUAUAUGAAAAAAGUUUUAAUGCACAAGAGGUUUUCAGAGGCAGGAGUCAUUCCUUUGGACGACCAAACACAGUUCUUCAAUCUCGCCCAAACAAUGCUCACAAUUGCCUACGAAAACGAUUUUAUUGAACAAGCAUUAGUUUUAGGAGCUUUAUUAGUUAUCUGUCGCGAGAAACUCGAGAAAUCGAUGGAAUACCACAUCCUUUUCUUGUUCUCUUUAGCAGCAUUCAAGGCUGACCAUGGCGAUCAAGCAUGUUCAGUCAUGAGAGCUGUUUUAUUGGAGACAAAAGACACAUCCGUUUGGGAGUUCUUUAAUCUGUUCAUACAAAAGACUCCUGACCAAGAAAGCUAUGCACACAAGUUCCUUUUGAGGGCAUCCCAUAAAUUGCCUGAUAAUGUUCCUCUCCAGAUAUUACUUGGUAACCAUUCCCAGUCAACUGUUUGGUUCGACCACGCCAUCACUCAAUAUUUGAAUGUUUUGAGAACUGAUCCUGAUGAACCGAUUGUUUCUCUACUUCUAGCAAGUGCUUAUCUAUCUAAAGCGUAUGUUAGAACACAGAAGGCAACAAGGAAGAGUGUCCUCUGUGCAUUCGCGUGCAUGAGGAAGUACAUCGAAGUGAGAAACAUAGAUUUCCCUGUAGAAUGCGACUACAACAUGGCCAGAUUUUACCAGGCAAUAAAAAUGAUGCCACAAGCGGAGAUGUUUUAUAGAAAGGUGUUGGAGAGUGAACCUGACUACUCUCAGAUUGCUGGCGAAGACAUGGAAAUGGACCACAACAUGAGAUAUUCGUUGCAAAGAGAUGCGGCUUAUAAUUUGAGUUUGAUUUACAAAGAAACUAAUCCAAAUGAAGCAAGAAGAAUAAUGAAAAAGUAUUUAACUGUUCAGUAA